CUCUGUCUAGCUCAGUCUCUGCGUAACAUGCAAGUUUUCAAAAGCAUAGGAUCAUUGCACAAUGCACAUCAAGUUCAUUGGCCAUUUUUUCAUUAUAAUAUAAGUUAAAGAUGUACUUUUUUUUCAUUUUUUCCAUAUUUUCUUGCAGUACUAGAAAAGGUCCUGAGAAAGCUCUUCAACAAUUUCAAAAGUCUUUGAAUUUUUUGUGCCCCGUACAUCCCCACUCCUCUUCUCCUCGUUCCCCACAUUUUCUCUGGUCUCCACUCUCAUUUUUACCAUAAAACUCAAAUCAAAAUUCUCUAUCCCCCAGAAAAAAGCUCAAGUAAUAAUAUAUAGGAAAAAGAAUAUCCCAACCCAAGAAAAUCUUUCCUCUUUUUUUUUUUUUUUUUUUUUUUUUUUUUUUCCUUAAAAAGCUUAUGAAUACCCAAACACAAAUUUUCCUGCAUUUUCUUUUUACUCUGAAUGAACUCCUCCUACCCACCAAAAUUUACUGUUUCCCCAGCCCACAGAAGCUUGAAACUUGUUGCACUUUCUGGAUUCAAACUUUGACAGAAAUAAACACCCUUUUGUCUCUUUUGGCAAUCUUUAUUACAAAAUUUUCAUUGUUACCCAUUUCUCUGCAUUUUUUUUUGUCUUUUCAAGUUGCAAAAUUAGAAGAACCUCUAAAACCCCCCAAGUCCCUUUAAAAUCCCAAAUCCCAAAAGCAAUUUUUUUUUUUUUUUUUGGAUAUUCCACAUGUCUACUACACCAAUAGACCAAGAGCCACCUCCCACGGCUAUGACCCAGCAAGCUUACACAACCCAUUCAGGUCACGGGUCGGUUGGACCCGUUAUCGCCGUUCUCGCGGUGAUCACCAUCCUCGGAGUCAUAGCCGGUAUGAUUGGCAGGCUCUGUUCGGGUCGACCCAUUAUGGGUCAUGGGCAGUACGAUUUCGAAGGCUGGGUGGAGAGGAAAUGCUCGACUUGUCUCGACGGCAGAGUCGAUCUUCCGCCACCGCCGCCGCGGCCGCCGGCGAACACUUCCGGCGUGGAAGUUCCGGUGGCGAUGCCGGUAGAGAUACAGCAAGAGAUUAAGGAAGAAGAAGAAGAAGAAGAAGAAGAAGAAGAGCAACCACCCCAGCGGCAACAACAGCGACACCAACACAACAACAGCUCGCAAGCAACAACUAGUAAUCAGUCUUGAAAAAAAAAGCGGAGUAGUGUACGCACUGAUUUUGAUUUUGGUAUUUAAAUUUUUUUUUUUUUUUUUGUUUAGUAAUUAAAAAAAAAAAAAGUUUCAUUUUUCUCUUGAUGGGUUUUUAAUUAUUUGCUUCUUAAUUUCUUCGUUCUUUUGCUUUGGUGGGUCUUGAAAAUAUUAGAAUAUUAAUGAAAUGGGACAAGCUUUUUUGUUUUUCAGCCAUAAAAACAUAAAUAUGCUCAUCAAGUUUAACUCAAAGUGAUGAAAAUUAGUAGAAUAAUAUGGUAAUUAAUUAAGAUUCUAAAGAAAUAAAUUUACACAUUUACAAUAAUUUUUUGAAAUGGGAGUAAUUUAUCAAUUAAAUUCACCAACACGUGAGUUUUCUGUAGCAGUGUUUUUGAAUACAAAAUAUCUGCAUUGAUGGCAUGUUUUGAAAACAGUCAAGUUUCAUUGGUUUUGAUAACUAUUUCUAUGUUUGUAUACGUAUCACAGCUUUUGAUAACUAUUUCUAUGUUCGAAUAUUUCUUUAUAGUUUCUUUUUUAAGAAAAAAAUAGAAAAUUCUUUUUUUUUUUUUUUUUUUUUGCUUAAAAAGAAAAUUCUAUUAAAUUCUAUUUGGUUUCUUUGGAUUCUCUUCCUGUGAUAUGUAUGAAAUUGUGAAAGUAAAAUAAUAUAAAAUAUUUCUUUCUGAGGCAUAACGGAGACAACUUUCAUGCCACUUUUAUGUUUUGAGGCUCCCAACCCAAGCACUUACA